CAUGGCCAACUUCCAUAGCUGAAUUACUGUAGUCUCCUCCUAGUGAAGACCUCCAGUUGGGUGCGUAAUGCUGCAGCGAGUCUGUACACAGUAGCUACACAGCAGGUCGCACACGGGCGCACGCAUACGCGCUUGGUCUAACGGUUGCCAGCCGUGAGCAUCUCAACCACUUCAUCCACCUCAUCUCCCACGUCAGAGGAUGAUCGUCCUUGUCCUAGCCCCUUUGUGGAUGGGACUGCUCAGCUGGGUUCCAGGCUGCCUGGCAUGUGACAGGAGCGAUGGCACGUGUUUCCAUCAGUGCCAGGGCCGUUCGGUGGUGCUCUCUUCCUCCUCCUCGCCGCUGCCACUCUCCUCCUCUCUGGGCUGGCACCGCGCGGUGGGCGAGUAUGGUGUCCAGAGUGGCGUGGGCCUCUCCCACUGCCUGUGGGUGCUGUCCGUCUCCCAGGACCUGGUGCCCUGUGCGCCUGGCCAGUCCUGCCCACCCAUGGCCCUCACGCUCCACCCGGACUCCCACACACAGUGCAGCAAUUCCUUUGUUUACGUGUUUGACGGUCUUCCGCGCAUCCUGGGAAAUGGCGUGGUGCACUCCGACCACAACCUGAUUGGAGCAUUUUGUGGCACGACCCGCACUCAGCCAAUCACAGUGGAGGCCACCUCUGGCAUUAUCUCCGUCUACUUUGAGGCCAACGUCUCCUCCACCCAGUCGCAGGGCUUCAACGCCUCCUUCUGGGUACGGCGCUGUGAAGAAGGGGCUUCUGGGAAGGAGGAGGCGGCGGACGAUGCCUCGUCGUGUCCAGCCGGUUCUCUUCACUGA